AUGAGAAGCCGAGGCCAACUUUUAUUAUGGAUUUCCUCUUCAGAGGCAACUUUCUGUGCUGAUCUUUAUCAUUACUACUGCGUUCAGCUUGACAAGUUAUCAUGCCGUAUAGCAGAGUGUGGGGCUUCAAUAACGGAGUUGGAGAAAAGAAGAACAAUGUUGGAGAUGUCAAUCAACGAUCUUGAGGGCAGUCAUGCUAAACGACGAGUCCUUGAAGACCAACUGACUCGAAUGCUGGUUGUGGGCAGAAUAUCGAGUGUGGAGAAGGAACUUGCCGAACUGGUCUGUCCCGGCGAAGAAAAGGAUGUUAUCUACAAAGAGCGGGAUGUUAGUUCCUUCAGCAUUGCUUCUGUAGAGAGCAUAUAG